AUGAAUGACGGAGGAACACGUAGUAAUUACAGGCCAACUAACAAUAGUAAUAGCAAUUCCUUAAAAAACCAUGGUUCUAUUACGGACAAUUAUGCAAGACCACCGCGAAGAAAUUCUUUUGGUGCACAGUCUUCAAGGCAGUUGGGAUAUGAUAAUAUCCACAAUAAUAAUUUCAGAGGAGCUCGAACAGGAUAUCCUUCGAAAUCGAGUAACAAUGGGUGGGCAUUUAGUCGUGCAAAAAAGAAUAAUUAUUCGGAUCAAGAGAAUGAAGGAGGAAAAUAUGAGCAUGCUACGGCUCGAAGAUACACUGACGCUAGGAAACGCAAUUAUCAAUCUAAUACUUUGGAGAAUACUAAAGAAAAUGUUCAACAAGAUCACGCUGUCAUUGCUGAUUUGAAAAAAUCGGGAUCCGGUGAUAAAGGUACAACUAGAAAAGAAUCAAAAAAUCCAGAAGCUCAUCCGAUUGGUAAUGGAUCUAGCGAAAAUCAAAAUGAUAUACCGGAACAUCAAGUCAAUGGGGUAGAAAACACUGAACAAAAUAAGAUUUUGGAAAGCCAAAAAUGUAUUGAAGGAUCCGCUUUUGCAGAAGCCGAAGAAGGAUCAAAUAAAGAAAAUCCUUUGUCAAAUUCUACUAAAGUCCAAGAAAUUAUAGAAAAAACUCUUGAAACAGUUUCCGACAAAGAAUUUUCAGUUUCUGUAAAUAAAGUUAAAAUAAUUUCUGAAUCAAUCAUAGAAAAUAGUAAUAGCAGUUCUACCGAAGCACAGGAAAUUACCAAUGAGAAUGCUAAUUCUAAGUCCGCCAUAACUAAAGAAAAGCCACCUUCUGAAUCUUUUAAUAUUACAAAUGGUAAUAAUUUUUCUUUGGAUUCAACACCGAAUUCUAAAGAAACUGUUAACGAUAAUUUUGGUAAUGGUUCAAGAAAUAAUGAGACAGCAGUAGUUGUCGAAUCAAUUGAAGAUUUAAAUAACAAUACUGCUUUACACAUCGUGCAACGUAAUGAGAUCGAAUCUCAUAUCACCAAGGAAGAAAAUCAGUUAUACGAAUCUUCAGAAGAAUCGGAUGUUGAAAUAAUUCUCGAGCAUCAAGGCAAUGGAAUGAGCGCAGAAAACUCUAAUAAUGGUAUUCAAACAGAAGCAAUAAAAGUGCGAAUAAGUUCACCUUCUAGCGACGAACCAAUCGAUUUUUCAAAUUUGAAGAAUGAUUCAAUUUUCUUAACCCCAAAUACUAUUAUUCCUGCCGAGAAAGAAGAUGAUGACCUUCAAGAAAAGAAUUCUUUGCCACAGUCCCAACAAGCUCCUUCACAAUCUUCAAAACGAUAUUCAUCACGUCGAGUAGCUGUUUCUUCCAAUGCCCCGCCAAAUUCAGACUCUACUAAUUCUGCGAUUCAUGCAGCACCUUUUAUGCCACGUUCCGCGAUGGCUUCUAAAGAGAAUGAUGACGUGAACGACAAUCAAAAUGAAAAUAAUAGUUCCGAAUUUGCACAACAUGAGACUUGGUCUCCUGAGAACAAUGGGCCAUUUGCUGUUCACUAUUCGCCCCCACUCUACCCUACCGACGAAAACGGGGUUAUGCAGCUGCCACAAAUUCCACCAUCUCCUAUCCCCCUGAAUUUGAUUACGAUAAGAACACGAUUCUAUACAAGCGAACAAAUUGCAAAGAAACAGAAACUUGCACAAAAAAUUAUUGCGGAUAAAGAUGGACUGCCAUUACAUCCAACUUGGUCCGUUAAAUCACUCUUCGCAUUGAAAGACAAUCAAUCAAUAUCAAUUGUCAACAAGGAGCAAGUAAAGCACCUUUUCCGAUUGUGUAACCUACGUGAGCCUAAAAAUCCGGAACAUCUGGCUACAUUUGUCCGCGACAUCAAUCGAUUAUGUCAUUUUGUAAAGCAUAUUCAAGAGGUUGAUGUAACGGGUGUUCCGCCAAUGAGAGGAAUUUGGCCAGAGGGCAUAAGUGUUAGCCUUAGAUCUGAUAAUGACGAUGAUGAGGAUAAAGAUGCAGCAAUAAAUGGAAGAGCGUUGUUGAAGUGUGCUAAAGUUAUUCAAGGCAAUUAUUAUGUUGUUAAAGGUCGUAAAAUAGAGUGA